GAGCUGCUCUCGAAAUCGGAGAUAAACGAAGAGAAGAAUGGCGACCGUGUGCCUCCCGGCGGCCGGCGCCGGCCACUGCCCUCCAUCACUCCGACGCCAUCGUGUUCCUAAACCUAGAAAGGCACAACCUGGCCGAUUCCUUUGCUCUGUGAAUAAGGAGGUUUCAAGUUUUGGAGAAUGUGAAUCAUCAUUUAAAGGAAUGAAAGGUGUUGCUUGUGGCUUGCUGGCUGCCUGGGCAGUCACUGCUACAUCUCCUGUUUUUGCUGCUAAUCAGAGGCUUCCUCCGCUAUCAACCGAACCAAACCGAUGUGAGCGUGCGUUUGUUGGAAACACAAUUGGUCAAGCAAAUGGUGUAUAUGACAAGCCACUUGAUCUUAGAUUUUGUGAUUAUACGAAUGAGAAAACGAACUUGAAAGGGAAAUCACUUUCCGCGGCCCUAAUGUCAGAUGCAAAAUUUGACGGUGCUGAUAUGUCCGAAGUCAUUAUGUCCAAGGCAUAUGCUGUUGGGGCAAGCUUCAAAGGUGCAGAUUUCUCAAAUGCGGUUCUUGAUCGGGUUAAUUUUGAAAAAGCCGAUCUCCAAGGAGCUAUUUUUAGAAAUGCAGUGUUAUCUGGCUCAACCUUCGGUGAGGCUAAGCUAGAGGAUGCUGUUUUUGAAGACACCAUAAUUGGCUAUAUUGAUCUCCAAAAGCUCUGUACAAAUACAAGCAUCAGUGAAGAAGGGCGUGCCUUGUUGGGGUGCCGAUGACCUCUACUGUUAUUGAAGGCAUUGUAUCUUGAUUUUGCGGCUGAAUUUUUUCAGAUUUCUCAACUUAAGCAGGGGAAUGUUUUUGUUUCUUUGAUCUUUUAUUUGUUGAUUUUAAUGUCAAUUACCUACUAAACUAAGAUGGUUAUGACUAUAAAUUAUAUGUUGUAAUUUGGUACAGAAGCAUGAGUAUUGUUGAGUCCUAAACUAUUGUGUUUAAAGAUAUAAUUGAACUACAUGAAUGAAGUUCUUUGAUUCUUAUGCUUCA